AGCGGGUCUGGUAUCGAUGUGAGGGCGACUCGCAGCCCUGGAGACUGAGCUGGGGCGCAAGGGCUCGUGUGUCAUUAAACAAAGGAUUAUCGGUUCCUAAGAGCUGACACUCUACCUAUUUUGCUGUUCUCUGGUAGCGCCUGCGACGCAGCAUCAUGAUAAAAGCCAUCCUCAUCUUCAACAACCAUGGCAAGCCCCGGCUGUGCAAGUUCUACCAACACUAUAGUGAAGAUACACAACAACAGAUUGUAAGAGAAACAUUCCACCUGGUAUCCAAAAGAGAUGAAAAUGUUUGCAAUUUCUUAGAAGGAGGCUUAUUAAUAGGUGGAUCUGACAAUAAACUCAUAUAUCGGCAUUAUGCUACUUUAUAUUUUGUCUUCUGUGUGGAUUCUUCAGAAAGUGAACUUGGCAUUCUAGAUCUUAUACAAGUGUUCGUAGAGACUCUGGACAAAUGCUUUGAAAAUGUCUGUGAGCUGGAUUUAAUAUUCCACGUAGAUAAGGUUCACAACAUCCUUGCAGAAAUGGUGAUGGGAGGUAUGGUACUAGAAACUAAUAUGAAUGAAAUUGUCACUCAAAUUGAUGCACAGACAAAGCUGGAAAAGUCAGAGGCUGGCCUAGCAGGAGCUCCAGCGCGGGCUGUAUCUGCAGUAAAGAAUAUGAAUCUUCCUGAGAUGCCAAGAAACAUUAACAUUGGUGAUAUCAGUAUAAAAGUGCCAAACCUGCCGUCUUUUAAAUAAGUGACUUCCCUUUACUUGAAUUAUAUAAAACAUUUACGAUAUAAAUGUGGAUAGCGUUUUUCUAUUCCAUAAAAACUGAAGGAACUGUAUAGACUGUUUGUGAUAAAUCUAAAGUGUUGGAUUCAGCUGGAUGUUGCUGUUAAUACUGCUAAAGCUAGCUCAACCUGACUCCAGAAUUACUGUACAUUCCUACACCCCUGUAAGGCAUGGCACUAUGUUUUGGCUGCUCCCAUUUCUAGAGAAAGUAUGUCAUAUCUUUGUUCUGUUUACAUAGUUCCAUUACAUGAUUACAACACAAUUCCUUAUUCCUAAUGUUUCCUACACAAUUGUCUAUUAUUUACACAACAUAAAGGACUUAAACAUCCAGUUUUUAAUAUAUCAUUUGAGAUUAAACCUGAACACGUUUGUUUUUAAUAUCUUUAUCUAGAAACUUAAUGAUAUAGCUGUUUUAAUACUGUACUGGAAUGUUGUGGUGUAUUCUGUAUUCUGUAAAAUAAAUAUUUUAUGAAUGUCA